AUGGGUUUCAUACAAGAAAAAUUGCAAAGCUGGUUCUAUGAAAGAAGGACUACUGCAGAAGGAAUAUUCCAUGAUUUAUCAAAUUGGGCAGAAGCAACAUUGGAAGAAAAAAUUAAACCAGCUUUUACAUUUAGAGUAUUGCCCAUUGAUCGACUCAAAUUCAAUGUCAAAGAAGAGGGUAUGGAAUUUAUUGUUGAUCUAGACAAAAGAACAUGUGAUUGUUCUGAAUUUCAGAUGGAUGAGAUACCCUGUGAACAUGCAAUUGCUGCAAUUGAAAGUAUAUAUCAAAAGAAAUCGGCCUUUUGCUCGGCCUAUUAUUCAAGGGAAUUUUGGUUGAAAACAUAUGAAGGGCAAGUAAAUUCUGUAGGUGAUUCAACAACAUGGGUUAUACCAGAUACUAUUAAAUCAGAAAUCACUAAGCCUCCAGAUACAAAAGUAAUGCUAGGAAGAAGACAGAAGAAUCGACAUGUUUCCUAUAUAGAAUUCAAGAAGGAACCUAUAUGUGGUCUUUGCAAAAGAUUUGGGCAUAAUAGAACAAAUUGCACAAAUUCCGCAAUAGUUCAUCCUUAUGCAAGAAAAUACAUGAAAAAGAAUGAUUGA